CUCCCCUUUUUCUGGAUGAUCGGCACAACAUCACAUUUAACACAACACUCCCGCUCAACAACGGCCAUUACAACAUCAUACCAUACCCCUCAACAACCCAUCUAAGACCCCCUCGCACCAAUGACCCAACCAAAUUCCUCAUUCGCCCUCAUAACCGGCUGUAGCAGCGGAAUCGGAAAAGCGCUCGCGGUAGCAUUCGCCGCCCAAGGCAUCACAGUCCUCGCAACCGCCCGCCGAGCCGAAUCCCUCAAAGAUCUCACCAGCUCGCACGACAACAUCGAAGCCUUCGAACUAGAUCUCAGCAUUCCCGAAAGUAUCCCCAAGUUGAAAGAUGCGGUAUCCGAGCGCACCGGUGGGCGAUUAGAUUUCCUCGUCAACAAUGCAGGCACGCAUUACGCAUCCACCGCCAUGGACCUUGAGGUUGAAGAAGUCGAGAAACUAUUCCAAGUCAACCUUUUUGCAGUCAUGCGUCUUUGUCAGAUUUUUAUCCCGCUGCUUCGCAAUUCGCCCCGCGGACGGAUUGUUCAGCUGGGAAGCGUCACGAGAAACGUCCCGAUGGUUUGGCAGGCGCCGUAUAAUGCCUCCAAGGCGGCGCUUAGUCAGUAUUCGAAUACGCUGCGUUUGGAGGUUAAGCCGUUUGGGAUAGAGGUUGUUGAGUUGGUUACUGGCUUUGUGCAGAGUAAUAUUCUACAUCAUGGGAUGUAUGCUCCCGAGGGAUCGCUUUAUCUUCCGCUUAAGAAGAUUAUUGAGCAUAUUAAGUACCAAGGUAAUGCGAAUGGUAUGCCGGCUGAUGAGUAUGCGAGAGCUGUGGUUGCCAAGUUGGUGAAGCCACGGGUUGGUGCUGAGAUAUGGGAGGGCGUUCAUGCGCGCGCUCUUCGAUUGCUUGUUGCGAUUUUACCAUUGCGGAUAUUUAAUUGGUUCUUUUACAGAAGGUUUAAGUUGGGUCUUUUGGAAGGUCGCCAGGGCGAUAAAAACAAGACAGUUUGAUGGCUUAUGAAAGCGAAAAGCUGGGUCUAGAUUCGGCGUGUAUUUGAUAUGAUUCUUACUUGGACCUGUGAUAGAUCGUGUUGGUGGUAUUGACUGUGCGACUGCUGCACAGUUCUGUAAUGUGUGUUCUUGGAGUUUGGGGUUACUGUCUGAUAGAACAGGUACUCAAUCAAGGGAAACUAUC